AGCGACCGCUUGGCACACGUCGCGUUUUUAGCCGCCAGCGCGUUUUAAACCGCCAACCGCCAAAGUGCGUUUUUAACCCCUGUAAGCCCCGCUACGAAUGUGCUCCGUCUAGGAACUGCUUUUCAAAAUCAUUUCGAACCAUUGCCAAUGCGGGGCGGCAUAAAAGCAGUGAUUUCCCAAUAAUUUAUUAGAAUUUUACCCAACGCGCAGAAGAGACCAAAAAGCUGAGCAAACGCAUACAAAGAUGGCAGCGAGCAAAAGUGGCAGCAAAGUCUGCAGGAGCAGCAGAGCAAAAUCAUCAUCUCCACCGCCAUCCACGUCGGAAAAGCCAGCGGAUACAACGAGCCAAAUCAGCAGAGGAUUAACACUAAGUCACUUAGUGAUCUGCGGUUGCCUGGCCAUAAUCUGCCUGGCCUCUGUAACCACGGCCAAGCCGCCGGAUCAGGAAGCUAUCCAUCACAAAACUGCUGAGUUCCCGGAAGAGGACAGCGACAUGCUGAUGGAGCCCAACGACUUUUCGCCCAUCACCGUGCUGAGAUCGCAUGAGCAGCACUUCCACAUGCCGCCGACCACGCAGCUACAGCCCCAAGUCCAGGCCAGAGUUCAGCCGAGAGCCCAGCCCAGGCAGUUCCAGGUGGCGGCCCAGCAAAGUGCCGACGAGGAGGAGCAGUUCCGACCCAUUGCCAAUCCGAACACGAAGACAGUGGGCGACUCGCACACGCAGGCUGCCCAGAACUUCUACCCACCGUUCUACCACGAGGCUCCGCCCCUGGGCCACUCGAGGCCCUACUUCGGACACGGUCCACCGGUGGCGGAGACCACUCCCCUGAACCUGCCCCUGCCCCUUCUGGGGCCCCAGCAGCAGCCCCAGCCGGCCAGCCAGCAGCGCAACUUCGAUGCCAGCAUACUGGGCAGCGGCGACUUCGGCGUGCUGAGGGGCGGCACCUUCUACCCGGAGGAGGAGAUGCCCUACCACCCCGAGGACAACAGCGACUACAUCUACGGCGAUGCCAACAACGGCCACGGUCGCCCCUCCGAGGGCUUCGUGCAGAAGUACACCUACCCGGAGGAGCAGUUCGCCAACUUCCGGGACUUUGCGGACAUCAAUACGCCCGCCGACUCGGCCUUCUCGCAGUUUGUGGUCGUCUAUGCGGCCAAGAACGCCACCGCCCCGCACUCGCAUCCGCACCCCAAGAACAUAUUCGAGCAGCUGGAGCUGCUGGACAGGGAGAAGGAGCUGGAGAGGGCCAAGUCCCAGCCGAAGAGCUCGUCCAAGAACAAGUCCAAGCUGGCCAAGACGAAGCUGCAGAAGAAGUACCGCAAGAAGGCGGGCCCCAAGGUGCAGGAUCCCCUGGAAGUAGAGCCCCUGCUGGCCCUCAGUUAAGCGUCUAAAAAAAAAAAACAAGCAAAACAAACAAAACCUAAAACACCCAUCACCACUUUCGUUUUCCCCUGUUAGUUUUAUUUAUUUUAUUUCGAGAUGAAUGCAAGCCACCACAAAAGAAAGAAGAGCCACGCCCCCAGUAUCUUAGUGUUCAUUUCCACGAAAACACCUGUAUUGCAAAUCUAUACCAUACUUUAUGCCACAUAUCAGUGUUUUUUUUUGGUCUGUCUGCUUUUUGUCUCGCAUCGUUUGUUAAUUCUUAAACUAGCCCGUAGUCUACUAUAUCUAUAUAUAUAUGUGUCUUUAUGUCUUAUACGCGUAUCUAAUGUAAUUAUUUUUUGUCUAAUUGAGCAUAAUUUUAUUAUGUGUGUGUACAUAAAACGAGAAAUGUUAAAUGUAAUUUUAAACCUAAAUAAAAACGAAAUAAAAACA